AUGUCGAGUCCAGCAAUCGCAGCUCAGUGCAGCAGUACUUUCACGCGAGGUGAGAUGUCCCGGCUUGUUCUCAUACCCUACGAGCUUCUGUUGAUCAUCAUCUCGCACCUGACAAACCGAGAUUUGAAGGCACUCAGGCAAACAUGCAAAGCGCUAGAGAAUCUGGUCCCGUUGCGCUUAUCGAGGGUAUUCAUCUCUGCCAACCCUUUGGACAUCAAGGUAUUCCACGCUAUUGCCGAUCAUGCGAAAUUCCGCAAGCAAGUGACGGAGAUAGUUUGGGAUGAGGCGCGUUUCACAGAAUCUGCUGAAUGGUUUGUGAGAGAGCUCAGGGCAAACCAAGAACUUCUCUACUAUCGAUCAAUGCAGCAUGGUCACCCUGAUCAUAUCAGGUGGCAAAAAGCAGGGGAGGCUCAAAUGACAAGCUUCGAAUGUCGGCAGAUUUAUGACAUGCAUUCUGAUCAACAGAAGAAGACUUUGGCAUCUGGUGAAGACGAAACUGCCUUUAUUUGUGGACUUCAGAAGUUUCCAGCCCUGAGAAGGAUCACAAUAACAUCAGGGGCCCAUGGGUUGUUGCUUCGUCCGCUUUAUGAAACGCCAAUGAUUAGAUCGCUGCCUGGUGGGUUCAUCUAUGCUAUUCCUCGACUUUGGCCCACGAGGGGAGCUGGAUCAUUUGUGUUACAUCGCAGCCCAUCCCGGUGGUCGAACACACAGAAGCAAUAUAAGGAGCGAUGGCGUGGGACAAGAAUAGUCCUCCGUAUUCUGGCGCAACUCGAACACAACAUUUCAGAGCUCGUUUUCGACGUUGGGUCACACAAAACCGGGGUUAACGUGACGAUUCUGGACGAGCCUUGCGUUGAGUAUGAUCACUUCGUCAAGCUUUUGAAACGCCCUGGUCUUCGUCGCUUAGAUCUUGCUCUUCAUAUAAAGGGUGGAAUCCAUGAUUGGGCAAAUCAAUCUCGCGGAUACCUUCGUUCUGCACUCGAGGAAGCAGGAAGUCUGGAGCAUUUUUCCCUUUCGACUUCAACAAUCCCGAGCUCUGAGAACCUGCCAGUCCAGUUGGUCAACCUUUUACCUGUCAACAAAUGGCCACUGCUCCGUCAUAUUGGUUUGAGCUGCUUUGAUGUCUCAAAAGAUGACUUUCUGACAUUCCUCAACUCAAUGCCGAAGACCCUCUGCUCUAUUGAGGUCAAUCUGUUUCACAAGCAGUACGAGGAAGGUCAAUGGAGCGAUCUCAAAAGUACCAUCUUCCCGAAUAUGCAUGAUUCGAACCAUACCAGCAUUCGAGCCAUAACAAUCAUUGUCACUCCACACGAGUACAUCUUCAAUCAAGAAGGAAACUAUCCCGAUAGGAUAUGUUCGGUUCCGACGCUUCAAUUUAUUGACUUUUUUCAGCCAGUAUAG